CUUUUUCUGGUGACAAUGGUUGCUGUGGCAACACCAUUAAAGAUGAAAGCAACAAAGGAAGGAAGAAAUACAGCUGGAGAAGCGGGCGGGCUUAACACUAAAACAUCCCCAACAACCAACCAGGCACCUGGCCCAGAGGAAAAAGGGAAAGCUGGCCAUGCCAAGAAAGCUGAAGAGGAAGAAGAGAUUGACAUUGAUCUGACAGCACCAGAGACAGAGAAGGCUGCCCUUGCUAUUCAGGGCAAGUUCCGGCGAUUCCAGAAAAGGAAAAAGGAUCCCAGUUCCUGAGUGGCCAGCCUUGCCCUUCAUCCUGUUCCCUUUGCUCCUCUUCUCCACAGCCCUAGGUCCGAUGUGUUUUUGUCUCCUUCUCCCCGUAGCCCCUCAGUGAGGCAAGUUCAGCUCUUAUACGUUAUUUUCUUUGGCACCCUUACCCCAUCACAGCAGCAGAGGCACAAAGAAUGUAUGGAACAUGAGGACUUCAGUUGACACCCACUUGCCUAAUGGCAGUUUCUUCUCAAGAUAAGGCUCCUUGAUCAGUAUCUAUCUCUGCCCUGUGGGUUUGAAGAACAACGAACAGGCUUUGAGGCUGAGAUGGGGGCUCCCCCAACAAGGUGGGGAGGAAGGAGUCUUCAGAGUAGGGUGCCUGGGUGGCGCAUGCACUGUUCUGCCAGUUACAACAGUCACACUUUAGGUAACAUGUACCUUCUCCUUCAACUCUUUCUGCACCACUACCUCCCACUUCCUUCCCAUGAGCAAAGCCACAGUGGGGACUGGAACCUCCCUUUCCCCCUAAGCAGACCCAAACCAAGCAGCUUGACCACAGUAAUGCAUGCUGGGUAGAGCAGUCCCUAGGAAAGGAGACUGGGGCUGGUUAAGGCAAGGAAGGGUUUUAGCCUAGGACCAUAAGAGGCAGAGACAGACAAGUUCCAGAGGCCACAGGCAGGGAGAUGAGAGGUAAGGGAGCUCUAGGGAGGAAAGAAAAAUUAAGGGGACAUCUCGGAAGCCACAAGAGUUCCUGCUGGUAAAUGCACGACCUGAAGGGUUCUUGGGGCUUUGCUAACCUGCCUACCUCCAGAACCCGCCCCAAGUCUACCGUCCCCAGCGGCCACACAAACCAGGUGACUCCUGUAGUUCCCACCUGCCCAUGGUGAAGUCAGGGCAGAAAUGGAAUAACCACUUUGUGAUUUGAGCAUGUUUAAUAAGUGUAACAAUAAUAAUAAUAAAAAAACUCAGAUGGGAUCA